AUGUUUACAUCAAUAUUGGUGCUGCUCUGCGUAGCUCCCACGACGGUGGCCGCACCCUCGGGAGAUCUGGUUGUAAACCUUCCUGCGCUGAAUUUUACGCCGACAUUUUCCAGCUAUUCAGGUUAUUUGCAAGCAUCUAGCACUGACAAUUUCCAUUACUGGUUAACAGAAUCACAGAAAGAUCCCCCGAAUGACCCUUUGAUUUUAUGGUUGAAUGGAGGACCAGGAUGUUCAUCCUUAGCAGGUCUUAUUGAGGAACUCGGUCCGUUCAAAGUGAGCGACUACGGGACGAAUGUGUUCAUCAACGACUAUUCGUGGAACCUGUUUGCCAAUGUACUUUUUAUGGAAUCACCAUCUGGAGUGGGAUUUUCAUUUAAUACCAACGGUAACGUAACCACAAAUGACGACGAUGUUGCAGAGCACAACUAUCGGGCUUUUGUAAACUUUCUGGACAAAUUUCCAGAAUAUCGUGGACGAACCACUUAUAUCAUGGGAGAAUCCUAUGCUGGAGUUUAUCUUCCUACACUUGCAAUUAAAAUGCUUAAAGAUCCCAUAAACUUUUCUAACUUUAAGGGUAUGGCGAUUGGUAACGGAGCAUUGGAUUUCCUACACAACUAUGACACAAUGGUUCCGUUAUUUUACUAUCAUGGGCUAAUAAGAAAUGAGCUAUACUUGAACUUUUCCUCAACAUGUUGCAGUAACAACAUUGAAAGUUGUGAUGUUAUCGCAGCUUAUAACGAUCCAAAGUGUUCGUCUCUUGUGUUGGAGAUCCUUAGUGCAGCCAACGAUGUGGAUCCGUACAAUAUCUACAACACGUGCUAUACCACAAGCACCAGCGGAAAAAGAGCACAGAUAGAACGGUUUAUGAGAAAAAAGUCAGGACUGCCUUCAGAAGAGCCACCCAACAAAACCUCCAAUAUACCGUUGUGUGAUCAAAUUGGGAAUACUGCAGAUUAUUUGAACAGAGCUGACGUUCGUAAAGCUCUACACAUCCCUACAUUUCUUCCAAAAUGGACUGAAUGUAGCGACGCAGUGGAGAACAGCUAUCAGGUCGUUUACAACGAUAUGAAGUCGCAAAUUGAGCAGAUAAGCGAUAGCGGAGUAAAGAUUUUGAUCUACAACGGGGAUGUGGAUACCGUAUGCAGCCAUGUGAUGAAUCGACAAUUCCUCGCAAAGCUUAAUCGCACCAUCAUUGGUAAAGAGAGAGUGAAUGAUCCUUGGCACUACAUUGGAGAGAAUCCUACUGUUGCCGGAUUUCAACUUAAGUAUCAAGGAGGCAUCGAUUUCUUAACAGUUCGCGGAAGUGGUCAUUUCGUGCCAGAAGAUAAGCCAAGGGAAGCCAUACAAAUGAUCUACAACUUUGUGAAAUCACGAGACUAUUCCUUGCCAACUCCACUCUGA